AUGAGCGACAUGAAUAAUAUGAUGCGUAUGCCUGGAUAGCCUCCAAAUGGCAUGCCUAUGCAACCACCUAUGAAUUUAAACCCACAAAUGAUUCCAGGACAAAUGGUGCCUCCUCCAUUUAUGGGACCAGGAAAUUAGCCAAUGAGACAAAUGCCAAUGAACAACCAAUAGCCUCCUAUGUUUCCUCCACAACAAAUUCCAGGAAUGCCACCAUUUCCUCAUCACAUGGGUCAUCCUCCCCCUCAUGGAAUGAUGAACUAAUUUUAGUAGUUCCCCCCAAUGAACUAAAUGCCUAACAUGCCUCCUUUUCAACCACCAAAUUUUUAAGUGCCACCUCCUAUGAUGGGCCAACAACCUCAAAUUUAAGUAGCUCCCUCAAUUCAUGCACCUCCUCUUUUAAAUAAUGCACCUUAAAACCCUAAUAUGAUUAGAGAAACUAUUACUGGCGGGCCCUCUGCAAUCCCUUCAUCUUCUGCUCCCCCCUCUAACACCUCCUCUUCAGACUCCCAAUGGCUUAAAUUAUUCGUUAAUAACAUUCAUCCAGACGUGCCUGACGAGUUCAUCAAAAAGUUAUUAGAAGAAUGUGGUCAAGUAGAAAAGUGGAAAAGGUAGAGUGAUGAAAAAGGUAAUUUAAAUAAAUUUGGUAUUGUAGAAUAUAAAAUGUUCGAAAGUGUUCUUAAGUGCAUACGUAUUCUUGAUGGCUUUGAAAUUAUGGACGAAAAACUUGUUGUUAAGUCCUCAUAAACAACUUAAACUUUCAUAGAGUAAUGGAAAUAGCUCAAAAGCAAAAAAUGGGAGGAAGAAUAAAAGUAGAAAGCAUCUACUGAGUUUGAAUCUUUUGACUAGUUCCUUGAAAAGGAUGACUCUGUCAUUAGAGAAAGAAUCGAAUUGCACAUGAAGAGCAUAGAUGAAAAAGUUGAGAAAGUAAGAGAAAAAAAGAGAGAAGACGAAGAAAAAAAACUUCAUCCUCGUGAAAAGGAUAGAGAUAAUAAAAAGAAGUAGUAAUAAAGAGAAAUUGAAAAGAAAGGUAAAGAAAAAUUAAAAGAAUGGUUGCAGGUAGAAGAAGACAUGGCCCGUGAAAAAAGAAAAGAAAGGGAAAGAGAAAAAGAGCGUGAUAGAAUUCGUCAAAAGGCUCUAGAAAGGGAAUUAACUUAUACUGAUGACAUUGACCGUCACAAACAAAGGGGCAGAAUGAUGGAGCGCAAGAGAUAACGCCAAAGAGAAUUGGAGGAAGAUGAAAAUGAUAGAAAAAAAGAAUUAGAACUACUUAAUCCUCCUGAGCCUGAAUUUAACAUUCCUAUGCCUGAAGAGCCAUUAGAUGAUUAUGAACCAUCAAGCAGUAAUGGAAUAAAUGGAUAACAUAAUCACACCGAUAAAAUUGAUAGAGGAGUGAUUAACUUAAACUUUGAAGAAAUCGAUUUAAGUCAAAGUAAAAAGCCAAAUGAAGAAGUCAUUGAAUAUACUAUAGAAAAUCCUAGAAAUAACAUAAUUAACCAAACAAUCAAUAAGCUAAAUAUUUAAUUCAAGUAAGAUUUUAGUGAUAAAAUUUAAAAAGGCGAAUAUGUUAUGCCUGCAAUGGAAGAAGAAUAUUAAGAGCCUGUUGCAAAUAUUAAUGAAUACCACUCAUCUCGUGCAAUGUAAAUAGAAUCUGAUAAUAAAGAUCCCUCUAUCAAGUAAAUCUUUGGAAACUUAGACGAAGAAGAAGAGGAAGAAAGACAAAGAAACCUCAGAAAAACUGAGCUUCCUAAAAUUGGACAUGCUCGUUUCGUCGAGUAAAGAGAAAUUAUUCGUAAACAGUAAAAUGAGUCUGGAGAAGAAAAAACUCCUGCUCCAAGACAAUUAUCUGAAGAAGAAAUGAAAAAAGAACUUAAAGAAAUCCUCUAGCGUGUACCACCUAUUAGCGGCAACAACUCAGCUUUGUUCUCAUUCAAUUUUAAUUGGGAAUUAUUUGAAAAGAGUGGACUACUUGAUAAGAAAAUAAAACCUUUCCUUUUAAAGAAGAGUUAAGAACUUUUGGGUUAGGAAGAAUAAGGAUUCGUUGAUCUUAUAGUUAAGAAGUUUACUCAAAGACCAACCCCAGAAAAAUUGGUUAGAUAGAUUGUGAAAAUUUUGGAUGAAGACGAAUCUGAGAAGUUUAUAGCAUCACUUUGGAGAAUUAUGAUCUUUGAGACACUAAAAUAUGAAAAAUUCUUGCACAUUGUCUGA